AAGAUCUCGUUCCUCCAUUUUCCACGAGAGAAUCCUCCCUCUCGCGUCUCGCUACCGCCACCCUCUCUCUCUCCAUCGCUCCCUCUUCCUCCCCCUUCCAUAUCUCGCACGCCGCGUUCCUCUCGCGCGCUCGCGCGUUCUUCGGCCUCUGGAGCGAGUCGCAGCAUCCGUUGGACCGUUCCGGACUUCAGUCCACGUCGAGAACGCGCCACUGUCGGGACAUCUAGGAGUGACAAACACCCGAAAGCUCGCGGCCAACGUCGCGUGCACGGCACUAUCGUCAUUCUGUGUCGAAGUCCAUCAGCAAUUCAUGGUCCAAAAAUAUGACACCGUGAUUUCUCCGACAACGAAUAUCCGAGGAUAAAGAAAAAAAACGGGAGAAAAUUGUUCGUAAAAGUUUCAUCAUUGCGCAUCACGCGUAUCAGCGUGCCGAAUUUUACAAUUAUCCGAGAGCGACGCGCAAUUUCUUUGGCGUGCCGGUGCCGGUUAAUCCGCCAUUAGUACAAAUAACCGAUUAACGCUGAUACCAGCCUCGCUUUGUUUGGUACCGCGAGAAUACACGCAGGUGCGUCAUCCAGAGAGGUCGGUAAAGUUUCCGCUGGACACAAAGGUCGGUGGAUUAGCCGGCUUAAAACUCAGCGAGUUUCUGGAAACGGUGUUCUCCAUCCAAGAACGAGACGGGACGAAGCCGCUGGAUGCCCUAAGGGGAAUCGCCCCCGGGCCAGCCGGUCGCCGGUUCUGAUGCCGACACGUGCCAAGCGCGAUCGUUGAGGGUGCGGCGGUGCACAGGAGAAGAGCAGAGCCACGAGGGCCCGCGGGAAGAGCUGAAGAAGAGGGAUCUCGGGCCGGGCGACUGCCGGGAGUUGUUGCCCAGUCCCGGCGAGGGGGCGGACAUCGGGCCCGGAUGCUCGCGAGGACAAGACGCCGAAGGCGCUGCCACGUUGGAAGGGAAAAUAUUGACGGCCGUCAACAAGUUCCUUACAACGUCCCCUUUGGUUAACAAGGUCAAGUUGCUGAUGACGAGACAGAGCAGCGGCGCGGUGGGAAACGGCGCGGAGGAACGAGAAGGCACCAGCCCUCUGGACUGCACCCCACGGACGUCGAUGACGAUGGCCAUGACAACGUCGGCGCUGCCGAUGCAACCGAUCUACGUUUCUGCGGGAUCGUGCUCCGUCGCCGACGUCCCGAAUCUGCAACGUCGGCGACUACGACAGCAGGAACCGCAAGAAUUAUCUCUAACCCGGCCGACGGACACGGCCGCCUCCUCGUCGUCCAUCCGCGACGAGCCCGUCGUCAGAACCCCGCUCUCCGCGAACGUCCUGCUGUCCCUGCCGGCUUCGCCGAAACGAUCGUCGGCGAGUCACUCUUCGUCCAACAAGACGCCCAUAUCGAAGUCGCAGAUGAAAGAAUUCAGGGAGGCCUUCAGGCUGUUUGACAAGGACGGCGAUGGAACUAUCACGAAAGAAGAACUCGGCAGGGUUAUGCGUUCCUUGGGACAAUUUGCGAGAGCGGAGGAGCUGAGAACGAUGCUGCAGGAAAUCGACAUUGACGGUGACGGAAACGUCAGCUUCGAGGAAUUCGUCGAGAUCGUCAGCAACAUCGGUGCGAGCACGGCGGCGCCGUCGGAUCAGGAUCAGGAGGAGCAGGAAUUGCGAGACGCCUUUCGGGUGUUCGACAAACAUAAUCGUGGGUAUAUCACUGCGUCGGACCUUAGAGCGGUACUGCAAUGUCUGGGAGAGGAUCUUUCCGAGGAGGAGAUCGAAGAUAUGAUUAAAGAAGUGGAUGUGGACGGGGACGGUCGAAUUGAUUUCUACGAAUUCGUUCAUGCUCUCGGCGAGCCGGGAAUCGACGAGGACGAGGAGGACGACGACGAGGACCUGCAAUCUCCGCUCUUCUAAGAUCACGUUUAUUCUCACCUCUCUGUUAGAUAAGCCGUACCGAUACGGGCAAAAAGCGAUGUGCAAUCUCGCUUCGAAAUACUCUUUCUCUCGGGUUUCGCAAUUCCGAAACGCGCGUGCGAUUGACAAACGGAACGAGGCUCGACUUCGACUUCGUGAAACCCGUUUCACGUUCAAUUCUCUCUCAUCCUUAUUCUCAAAUUUCGAAUCAAAUUUUAAUGCUGGAAAACGCGAAGGUCUCGCUAAGCGCAUUUGUGAAUAUAUAGAUUUAAAACAAAAAAACUAAUAAAAAAUCUGCACCGAGCUAUCGUUAUCUGCGAA